AUGCUAAAUAAAUCUGAGUCCUAUACAAUAUCACAAAAUAAUAUUGAAAGACAUUUAAAGAUUAGUCUAUCGUAUUGGAUAUAUAGUAUUCUAAUAAUUAUUUCAACUCUUCUGUAUAUAAUAUGUUUAUUUUUAUCUGAUACAUGGUUUAUAAUUAAACAAAAUACUAAUAAUGAAACGAUAAUUUAUUUUCAAUCGAAAAAUAUUUGUCUCAAUGGAAAAGAUAAUAAAUUUUGUAUUGAACCAUAUUUACCAAUAAAUCAAUGUAAUGAAUAUGAUUUAAUUCCAUGGACAAUUCGUUGUUCGAGAAAAUAUUUUAUUUUUUUCAAUAAAACAUCAUUAAAUAUAUGUAAUUGUUUUCAAAUAUCAUUAACUAAUAUAAUAUAUCGAAAUAAUAUUUUUAUAUUUAUUCUUCUUAUAUUAAUAAAUUUAAUAACAUUUAGUAAAUAUUGUUCAACAAAAGAAUGUAUUUUAUAUUAUUUAAAUAAAUAUUUUCUUUUAAUUUUACUUAUAUCGAUAAUUAGUUUUGAAUUUUAUUUUAUUUAUAUUAUAUUUAAUGAUAAAAAAUCUAUUGAAAAACUUUAUAGAAAUUAUUUUUCAAUGAUUCAAAUUUAUUCAACUAUAUUCUAUUCAUUUCAAAUAUUGAUCAUUAUUAUUCAUAUUAUUUCCAUAAUAAUACUUGUUCAUGAGUGA